AUGAGACUGAAAACCAGAAGGAUUGUAAAGACUUCACAGAGGCUUCUCCAACUGCUAAUAUUCUUUAUUCUCUGUAAUUCCCUGGGCUCGUUAAGGAAUCAUUUGAAAAAUGUAUUUCGCCAGGACAUCCCUGAAGAAUAUACCGGUGGUCCAAUAACAGACAUUCAAUGCAUACCCUGUUUCUAUUGGUAUCAGACUUGUGGUUCAAUUAUAUGGAACGAUCAGAAAUGGUUGAGAGUAUCAAAGAACCUGUCGGACGAAUCACUCUAUUCAAUGGAAUCAGGACCAUUUUCCAGAUCAUUUCUUUAUGUGCGUCAAGAUACUGGGGAGAAACCUAUAUCUGACAUUGCCAUUUCAUCAGAUCCCCUGAUGAUCCCCGUUCAUGUGACUCAGGAUAUCAAUAAUUUACUCCAAUCCAGCGAUAGCUCCGUUUACCAUAAUCAUAAAUUCCAUCAAAAGGGGAGCAGUUGGAGGGCAUCAUGGUCUUGGUUUUGGAACUCUGGGAAAGUUUUGGCUUCUCAUGAUCAUGCUGAUGAUGCAUCUGAUUCAACGAUGGAUGAUAUAUCAUUAAGAGGUGAGAAUUGGAAGUAUAAAGGGUACGGUAUUUGGUGUAAGUUCGAUAAUACCAAAGAAAUAGUUGCGAAUAUUGAAAUAUUUCUUGGAUCAUUAUUCUUAGAGUCUCGUCCAUAUUGGCGGGAAGUAAUUCAUGAAUUCAAACCGGAUGAUAAAUUACCUCUCCCCAUAUCCAUAACGGUGAAAAUCGCAACGAAUGUUAAAGAGGAAACUGGUGAGCUGAACGAUGGGACAUUGAAAAUGGAUUCCAAAUUCAAGAUUUUACAAGUAUCGGAUGUUCAUUUCAGAAGUUCCAUUAAUAGUAUGCCCAUGCUUAAGGAGUACCAAACCAUGCAAUUCAUUACGAAUACCAUAACUAGGGAAUUACCUAAUCUUGUUAUAGUCACUGGUGACAUAUUAGAUUCCACAAACUCUAUAGAUUAUCAAACAUGCAUUAUGAAUCUAGUCCAACCUAUGAUCAAGUUUAAGAUUCCCUACAUUAUUACACUCGGGUCAGCUGAUUACUCAGAAUAUGCCUCUCGAGAUCAGAUAAUUAAUUUUAUCUCGACAUUACCUUAUUCAUUGACGAAAUUUUCUACAGACAAUGGACACCUGAUAAUACCAUUACAUAAAUUCAAUGACCCGAAGGGUGAAGUGUCACAGGACGAAUUGAUGAUAUAUGUCAUCGAUUCAUUCCAUUCCAUUGAAAAUGAUGUUAAAUUUAAAGAGAUAGCCUCUAAACCUGUUGAUUGGGAAUAUGCCCUAGCAUUCAGAUCAUUGCCCAUCCCUCAAUACAGACCCGAUGGGUUAUUCCCCAUUAUAGGUCAAUAUAAUGAAAGAACUUCGUUGGAAUUAAGGGAGAAUGUGGGAACAGCGGUUGGAAACGUUAUCAACUUACAGGAUUUUUUAAUCUCUAAGAAAGUGAAGAGUAUCAGUUGUGGUCAUGAACAUAAUAAUGAUUGUUGUCUGCAGAGUAAGAAUGAGAUGUGGUUAUGUUAUGGAGGCAGUACAGGAGUCGGUACUAAGAGAAUGGAGGGAUUAUUUGCUAAUGUUAGAUUAUUUGAUAUAGACACUGAUAUUGGAGAGAUUACAUCAUGGAAACGAAACAUGCAUUUGAUAGAUAAUGUCUAUGAUUACCAAUACAUUUAUAAAAGAGAAUAA